CCAAGUGACACUAUUAAUUAUUUUUAACUUGUCUUGCUAGUCUUUUUAUAUUACCUGAGAUACAUAUAGAUCUUUCUGGGUAUCUUUUUAGAAGACAGCAAUGUCGAUGGCCGACGACGAUGAGGAAUUCAAACACCCGCGUAAAGCAUCGCCGGGGGCACCUAAGCCAGAUGGAAACUCCCCGGCGACCGAACCCGACUUUGAUUCGUCUUGCGACUGCCCACCGAGCGAAAAAUUCCAUGACGGCCACCGACCGUGUACUUUCGACACGCGCCCGUCCCAAACACAUGUGAGCGGUCGGGAUGGCUCGCACGGACUGUCCGUAGCGUCACGAAUAUGGCAUCGCCCAGAAUUGCUGCCGUUCCACCACCAGCGCGCGAAAGACAAGACCGGAGAGGAGUCGCUGGUGGACUUCGACGGGCCGGACGACCCCUACCGCCCCGUAAACUGGCCGCGGCGCAAAAAGCUCCUCACGACCCUGCUAUACGCCCUGGUGACCAUGUCCGCGACCUGGGCGUCCGCGUCCUACUCCCCCGGCACCAGGCAGGUCGCGGAGCAGUUCGGCGUCGGGAGGCAGACUGCGACGCUGGGCACGACCCUGUUCCUCCUCGGCUUCGGCAUUGGGCCGCUACUCUGGGCGCCUCUGUCCGAAGUAUACGGCCGGCGGCCGGCGGUGCUAACGCCUAUGUUUGUGUCCAUAUGUUUUGUGUUUGGCUCGGCGACCGCCAAGGACUUCCACACGCUCAUUCUGACGCGGUUCUGGGCCGCCAUCUUCGCGUCUGCUCCGGUGGCGAAUACCGGCGGCGUUCUGGGCGACUUGUACACGCCGGCGUACCGCGGCAUCGCGAUGGCAGGGUCUGCGAUGGCGAUCGUGAGCGGACCGACGGUCGGACCUAUCGUGUCGGCCGCCGUGGUAGCGCAGCCGAACCUCGGCUGGCGAUGGACAGGGUAUACGACGGGGAUACUACAGUCCGUCAUCCUCAUCCUGGCCGUCAUAUUCAUUGACGAGUCGUACCCGCCGAAGCUUCUCGUUGCUAAAGCCAAACGGCUGCGACUAGAGACGGGAAACUGGGCGUUGCACGCAAAGUUCGAAGAAUGGGACAUAAACAUUGUUGAGCUCAUGCGGAAGUUCCUUAUUCGCCCAAUCCAGCUGCUCUGCACGCCGAUCUGCUUCCUCGUUGCUUUAUACGCGAGUUUAUGCUACGGUAUCCUCUACAUGCAGCUAGGCGCGGUGCCGAUUAUAUUCGGGGAGAUCAGAGGGUGGCCACUGGUGUCGAGCGCACUGCCGUUCCUAGCCAUAUGUGUUGGCUCCUUCACAGGCGCAGCUAUCAACAUGAUUAACCAACUUUAUUACAACAAGGCUUAUCGCGCGUCAGGAGGCAGGCCGGUUCCCGAAAAGAGGUUACCUCCAAUGAUGCUAGGCUCGGUACUGUUCACGGCGGGCCAAUUCAUCACGGGAUGGACCGCAGCGCCAGACGUCGCCCCCUGGAUCGUCCCCGUCGCCGGGCUCUACCUAGCCGGAUGUGGUUUCAGCACGAUCUUCCAAGCUGCACUCAACUAUCUCGUCGAAACGUUCCAGAUGUACGCAGCAAGUGCCAUAGCCGCCAAUACGUUCUUGCGGAGCUGCUUUGCUGCCGCAUUGCCUCUGGUCGUCACUCCUUUAUACCGCAACAUCGGGGUCGGGCCGGGGGCGAGCAUCUUUGCCGGGUUCUCGUGCUUAUUAGUUCCCGUGCCGUUUGUGUUCUACUUUUUCGGAAGGCGGAUAAGGGCUGCCAAUAAAUGGAGCAAGCAUAGCGUGUUCUAGAUGGUUCUAGAUAUUCCUAAAAGGGUGCAUGGCACUUGGGGUUUAGAAUGGACUGAGCACUGCGGGAAAAGGGGUUUUGGUUUCUCUCUUUUGAAGUGUCUUUUACGUUUAUGGGUUUAC